AUGAACCCAAAUAACAUUGAUGCAGAAAAGAAACUAUGGUUUUGCAGGGGCUGGAUUUUCGAGUGGCGAAUUGAGACAAUGCUGAGGAAGAGAACAAGGUCAGUUCAGAAAGAUCAAUACAAAAUGAAUCAGAUGAAUGUCCCUUGUUCUGGCUCUGAGCUCCACCCCAAAUGUAGCUCUAUUUUCAAAAGAUCUCACCUGUUUACUGGGUUGUCUUCUAAAGGUGUAGAUUCUGAUUCAGCCAAAAGUCCAACUUCUCCACUGGAUUUUUGGGUAUUAUCAAGUUUAGGUAAUCCUCUUAGAUCUCCUAGGUCAUCAUCCAAUGAGGGGCCUAGAAAGAACUGGGAUUCUAGUAAAGUAGGACUGAGCAUUAUAGAUUCUUUAAAUGAUGAUGAUAGUAAACUAUUUGGGAAAGUUCUUCGAUCAUCAGAUAGUAAGACCGCUCUCUUUGGACCUCGAAGUGUGACCAAAAAAUCGAAUUGUCCAUCACAGGCAAAUCUUAUCCAAGGGCCUAAAUCCUUACCUAAAAACUAUGCAAUUUUCCAGAUACCAAAAGCCAAAACUCCCAUUGAACAGGGAAACUCUGAUGUGAUUUUUGAAAUUGGAGAAACCCCGUUUGAAUGUGAGCCUUUUGGGAACUACUCUCGUUCUUUUGAUUCCUACAGGGCGUUUGCUCCUCAAUCUGGUUUUACUGGUCACAGCCUCAGUAGUAGUACUACUACUGAGAAUGUUGCUUCUCCUCGGUUAGCUGAAGAACCUCGAGUGUCAGAAAAAUAUCCAUUCACAAAACCGAGUUCGAUUUCAUUAGGCAUAUCCUGUGACAACGGAUCUAAGAGGCCUCUCUCAGCAAGUGAGAUUGAGCUGUCUGAAGAUUAUACAUGUGUAAUUUCACAUGGUCCAAACCCGAAAACUACUCACAUUUUUGGUGACUGCGUUUUAGAAUGUCACUCUAAUUAUUUGAGCUCGUCUUCUGAGAAUGAAAUGAAGGAAAUGGGAUUUCCUCAUCCUCUUACAAGCUUGAAUAUCUCCACUUCAUAUCCCUUAACUGACUUCUUAAGCUUCUGCUACUCCUGUCACAAGAAACUGGAAGAGGGAAAAGACAUCUACAUUUACAGGGGGGAGAAAGCCUUCUGUAGUCUAACAUGCCGGUCCCAGGAGAUACUGAUGGAUGAAGAACUCGAGAAAUCAAUCGACAAAACCUCCGAAAGUUCUCCCAAGUCCAGUGCUAACCAUGAUGAGGACCUUUUUGAAACCAGCAUUGGUGGCUUCGCAUAAGCACUCGUCCCCAGUGGCUGGUCGCCAUGCCCGUGGUUGAUGAACCUAUCAAAGGCAAUGAACACCCUUUUGGUCAUCUGUUUGAAAAGAGCUGUUUUUAUGUCCAUUGGUGGCAGCCAUGGAUGAUCAUUUUUGUAAAAUGAUGGUGUUUGCUUCCUUUGCUUCACCUCUCAUGGUCAUAGUGGAUGAUAAUCUUUGGUCCUUUUUUUUUCCUAAAAAAAAAAAAAAAACAUAAAAUUGACUGUGAAUGCCCUGUGAGCCUAUUUUUUGUGGCUCCUUUUUUUUCCCCUUUUUUUUCUGGCUUCAUUUAUGAUUAUGGCCAGAAAAUAAAAUGAUGCAUGGAUAUGAACCUCCAUCUUUGACUGAAUAGAAUGAGAGUUCAGUUCCAUAUUACAA